AGAAGCCGCACUCGUGUGUACGGGGCUGGCAGCUCGGCACAGAAGCCCCUGAUCUGCCCCCUUCCUCCUCCUCCCACUCUCCGCUGUCCCCUUGUCCCGGAGCAGAUAGCCCCCUUUAUUCCUUCCCUCCACUUCCAGUCAUGCCCGCUGGCUCCUCACAGCUGCGCUGAACUUUUCCUGGGACAAGAGGAGUUUCUUUCUUGGCUGAAGAGCAGCGGCGGCAGUAGCGGAGGAGGAGGCGGUGCAGAGCCGAGGAGAAAGAAGGCUCCCUCCAUCCAGAGAUCACCUCCAGCGGUAGUACUGUGCGAGAGCCGGCCGCCUCUAUGGCUGACUACAACAGGUGGGGAGUUGUACUGUGCGCCCUGCUCUCAGCAUCUGCCGUGCUGGCCAAUAUAGAGAGAGUGCGGAGGGUCACGUAUGUGGUGCAGCCGGGACCCCCGGGAAUCUACCACCAGCAACCUGUGCCCAUGGGCAGGAGCAGCCUGGUACUGAGCGGCAGCAGCAGCGCCCAGGAGCGGAGCCGCAGGAUGAGCAGAGUCGGCUCCAGCCCCAGUGUGGUGCAGAGACAGCAGACCGGGGAGAAGGCGGCGGCUACCGGCACACACAGCCGCCAAUACUCGUUCACACGGAGCGGUAUGCAGCAGGACGCCCCGAGGACCCCCAGCCUACAGCACAAGCUGCACCUCCAGGGAGUUAAUGUCUGUGGGGGAAAGUGCUGUCAUGGCUGGAGUAAGUCUUCUGGGUCAGAACGAUGUACAAAGCCAAAUUGCUCUCCACCAUGCCAAAAUGGUGGAAUGUGUCUUCGGCCACAUCUUUGUGUUUGCAAACCUGGUACUAAAGGAAAAGUUUGUGAAGAGAGAGCAACCCAAGACACGUCUUCUACAGGUACACAAAGUCAAGGUGCAGGGGCUCCAGCCCCUCCUGUACGACCGAUUCCUCAACUGGCAGCUCCACAGUCAAUGCCAAAGAAGAUUCCAGCAUCUCCCGAAUCCGCUCAAGGGCAAGUGACACUAGCACUCAGGCAAAAACCACAAGUCAUCGUAUCUCAGCCUCAGAUGAUACCACCACAGACUUUGACCAUGAACCUCCAACAUGGACAGACACAGCAGUUCAUGAUCAAACCAAAGUACUUCUCUAACUCCAAGAAAGUUCUCCUGGGUGAACAGUCCACAGAAGGAUCACUACCUCUCAGAGCAAAUGGUCUGGACCAUCUCACGUCCCAAUUACAUCAUUUGGGGAACCAGACAGGGCGCAUCAAGGUGGUCUUCACACCCAGCAUUUGCAAAGUGACCUGUACCAAGGGCCGCUGUCAUAACAACUGCGAGAAGGGAAAUACAACCACGCUUAUUAGUGAAAAUGGUCACGCUGCUGACACACUGACUUCCAGUAACUUCAGAGUAGUGAUUUGUCAUCUUCCUUGCAUGAAUGGAGGCCGAUGUGCAGCUCGAGACAAAUGCCAAUGUCCACCUAAUUUUACCGGCAAACUCUGCCAUAUACCAGUGCAGAACGGAAAUGGACAAAAACAGUACACACAUCAGCAAAAUUCAAUAAAGUCAACAGGAUCUCAUGUCAUUCAUUCUACUCACACUUUACCACUUACUGUAACAGGACAACAAGGCAUAAAAGUUAAUUUCCCCCCGAACAUGGUUAACAUCCAUGUGAAACAUCCACCAGAGGCUUCUGUCCAAUUUCACCAAGUGUCUCGAGUUGAAAGUUCCUCUUCCACUCAGAAAAAAGACAGUCAAAUAGGACAAACACACGUGUCUUACCAUGGAGUCCAGAAGCAUCAAUUACCUCAUGCUGUAUACCCACAUCAGCAGACUGUAUCCAACGUGUACCCAGUUUCAGCAAAGACCCAACUUGGCCGAUGCUUCCAAGAAACCACUAAUACUCAGUGUGGAAAGCCACUGCCGGGACUUUCCAAACAAGAAGAUUGCUGUGGAACAGUGGGCACCUCCUGGGGCUUAGGCAAAUGCAUGAAAUGUCCAAAGAAAGCUACUCAACCGAGUACCCAGUACAUGGAGUGCCCUCAAGGCUACAAGCGUAUAAAUGCUACAUUUUGUCAGGAUAUUAAUGAAUGCUACAUGCAAGGUGUAUGUCCUAAUGGGGAAUGUCUUAAUACAAUGGGCAGCUUUAGAUGUACUUGUAAACAAGGGUUUGUUCCAGAUCCCACGUAUUCAUCUUGUGUGCCUGAAAAUCUUAUAAUAGAGGAGAAAGGUCCUUGCUACCGUCUGGUCAGUAUCGGGAAGCAAUGCAUGCAUCCACUGUCUGUUCAGCUCAGCAGGCAGCUCUGUUGUUGCAGUGUGGGCAAAGCCUGGGGACCCAACUGCGAAAAGUGCCCUGUACUUGGAACACCGGCUUUUAAGCAAAUCUGUCCUGGCGGUAUGGGCUAUACUGUUCCAGUGCUCCGGGGUCCACAUUUUCCAAGAACUGUGCAGCCUCCAAUUAGAACCACACUUCAGCCAGUCAUAACAAGGGAAGAACCUGUAGAAGCUCUCUCAGUUUCCCAUGGAAAUGAAUUGAAUGGAAGAGAUGAUGCUCCCACAGCUACAGAUCAGGACUUUGACCAAGGACAACGUCAACUUUCACCUGGAAUUUCUACAAUAAAAUUAGAUCCUCAGUAUCCAGUUGUUGUUGAAAAAUCAUCUCCACCUGUGCCUGUAGAAAUAGCCCCUGACGUUUCCAAGUCGAGUGAAAGUCAAGUUAUUGCCCCAACCCAAGUUACAGAAGUCAAUGAAUGCAUAGUGGACCCUGAUAUCUGUGGAGAAGGUUUCUGUGUCAACCUACCAGUUGGAUAUCUGUGUGUCUGCCAUGAAGGUUACAAGAGGAAUGAAAAUCAGACCAAAUGUAUUGAUAUAAAUGAGUGUGUAGAAGAUCGCAGUCUUUGCCCAAAUGGUCGUUGUGAGAAUACAGAUGGAAGUUAUCUAUGCAUUUGUUCAGCCGGAUAUAUGGCUAAUGGACGGGGAACAGACUGUGUCGAUGUGGACGAGUGCUUGAAACCAGAUGUGUGUCCAGACGGGCUUUGUAUCAACACUGUUGGAUCAUUCCGCUGCCACUACUGUGACCCUGGAUUCCGCAUGAAUAGGGUACAACAGUGUGAAGAUAUUGAUGAAUGCUUGGUACCAACCACAUGUCCAUAUGACAAAUGUGUGAAUAACCCUGGGUCGUUCGCAUGUGUGCCUUGUCCUGAUGGCUACAGAGGAUCUAAUGGGAGGUGCUAUGACAUCGAUGAAUGCCAAGAAGACACUUUGCUGUGCAAUAACGGGGACUGUUCCAAUCUGGAGGGAUCAUACAUGUGCACGUGUCGGACAGGAUAUGAAUCAACCUCUGACAGCAAACAGUGCAUUGAUAUUGAUGAAUGUCAGCUGGGUAGUUUAUGUCUGAAUGGCAAAUGCCAAAACAUUGAAGGUUCCUUUUUGUGCUCCUGCAACCAAGGCUAUAAGUUAAGUCCAGCUAGGGACAGAUGUGAUGAUAUUGAUGAAUGUCAGGAUACAAGUCUGUGUGGUCAUGGUCAAUGCAGGAAUUCCAGGGGAUCUUUCGCAUGUAUAUGUAAUGAUGGCUACAAGUUGUCUGCUGCUGGGGACCAAUGUGAAGACAUAGAUGAAUGCCAGGAGCUGGGCGAAGCUUGCCAGGGAGGAGGAAGCUGUUACAAUACGGAUGGGUCUUAUACAUGCGUUUGUCCAGAUGGCUUCCUGCUCAUAGAUGGAAGAAGGUGUCAAGAUAUCAACGAGUGUGAAAAUUCAGAACUUUGCUCUCCAAAUGGGGAAUGUCUUAACACUGCUGGUUCAUUCCACUGUAUCUGUGACCAAGGGUUUACAACCACUCCUGAUGGGAGAUCAUGUGAAGAUGUUGAUGAAUGUACUAACAGCACGCUGUGCAGUCAAGGCUUUUGUGAAAAUGCCAAUGGUUCAUACCGCUGCCUCUGUUACCAGGGGUACCAGGAUUCAUUGGAUGGACAAGGUUGUGUGGAUGUAAAUGAAUGUGAAAUGCUGAGCGGGGUUUGUGGUGAGGCCCGGUGUGAAAACGUGGAUGGUUCAUUCCUCUGCCUGUGUGCUGAUGAUAACCAGGAAUAUGACCCAAUGACUGGGCAAUGCAAAUACCGCAACAUGCCAGAGCAUUAUGAUGAAGAAGUAAAGCAAUGCUACUAUAACCUAAAUAAUGUCAAUUUCUGUGAGAACGUACUGACUGUAAAUGUUAGCAAACAAGAAUGCUGCUGUACUUUGGGUGCUGCCUGGGGAGAUACCUGUGAGAUGUUUCCAUGUCCUGUUAUAGGAUCUGAUGAAUUUGCAGUGUUGUGCCCUGAGGGAAAAGGCUACAUCCCAUCCAAGGAAUCCCUUUAUGAGGGAAACGGCUUGACCUACCAAGAUGCUGAUGAGUGCAUGUUGUUUGGAAGUGAAAUAUGUAAAAAUGGCUUCUGCUUAAACACGGAGGCAAGCUUUGAGUGUUACUGCAAACAAGGCACAUAUUAUGAUCCUGUGAAGUUACAGUGUUUUGAUAAUAAUGAAUGUGAUGACCCCAGCAGUUGCAUUGAUGGUGAAUGUAUAAACACAGAUGGCUCGUACAGCUGUUUCUGCACUCGUCCUAUGGUUCUGGACUCUACAGGAAAGAGGUGUAUUAGGCCACAGGAUUUAGUCGAACCUACAGAGGAAACAGAUGUAUACCAAGAUUUGUGCUGGGAAAACCUCAGUGAAGACUAUGUAUGCAUUCGGCCUUUACUGGGAAGGCAAACUACUUAUACAGAAUGCUGCUGUUUAUAUGGAGUAGCAUGGGGAAUGCAGUGUGCACUCUGUCCAAUGGAAGGUUCAGAGGACCAUGCAUUACUGUGCAACCUCAGAGACACAAGAUUUAGGCAACCUUAUGGAGAAGAUGCCCUUGAAUUCCGAGACUAUUCAAUACACCCCGAUCCAUACAGCCUUCAAGAACGUGAAGAAAGUGACAAGUACGAGGAGCUGCAGGCUGAGGAGUGUGGCAUCCUUAAUGGAUGUGAAAAUGGUAGAUGUGUGCGGGUGCAGGAAGGAUAUACCUGUGACUGCUUUGAUGGAUACCACCUGGACAUCAUGAAGAUGACUUGUGUUGAUGUCAACGAGUGCAAUGAGCUGAACAGCAGGAUGUCUCUCUGCAAAAAUGCUAAGUGCAUUAACACAGAGGGCUCAUACAAAUGUGUGUGUCUGCCGGGCUACAGACCAUCAGAUAAACCCAACUACUGUACAGCAAUAAGCUCAGAGAGAGAUGACAGUGAACUGGAGUAGAACACCAGCAGCUCCAAUUUCUCAGCCCAUAUACUCUGCACUGUAUUAGGAAAGGAAGCUGUGUAAGUUACUUGAGAUGAAGGUUGAACCUCAAGCAAUGGUUUGGUAUGGAAGCAGCAUUAUCUGGAAGUAGAAUGUGAUGUCUGACUUAUUGUGCUUCAACUCUACAGACCAAAUGGACACAUUUUCUCUAAUGGAAGAAACCACCCAAGUAUAUAUAGUCUGAUCUUGCAUAAAUUUGUUGGUAAAUAGACAAAGCGAUGAUGAUAUUUUAAGCUGUUUAUUAUUAUUAUAAUUAUUUUGUACUAUUGCUUUAUUAACUUGGCAUUUUAUUAGAGGUGGGAGCAUUUUAUAACACUUAUGACGAUGCAGCAUUGGAGACUGUACCAUUUCAGAACUGUUGAGAACUCUUAUUUUUAUUUUAUUUUUGGUUUUUAGUUUACUACGUUACCUUGGUGCAGACACCCUGCAGGGCAAUUUUCUAUGGACUCUUUCACGUCGUUCUGCUACCACUUGUCUGGAAAUAUUUUUAUAAACUUCCGUCUGCCCUGUGGAGCAGGCAUCUUUUUGUUUUUAUUCUUCACUUUUUUUUUUUUAAGUCUUGGCUGGAAAAUCAUAUUGAUUUUUUUUACUCUGCCUUUGUCUUUUUCUGCACUUAAAACUCUUUUAGAACUUUUCUUGCCAAGUUUCAAAGCUGCUGGAGAAACAUUGCAUCCCGUAAUGUACAUUAAAUUAGAUCCAUAUGUUUCCUUGUCCAAAAUUUAAUUUGUAAAUUGAAUAUGAAAAAAAAACAAAA